AUGGCCUAGAAUAUUAUAGUGGGAGCUAUUAAAAUAAAGGAUGGUUUAUUUAUAGGAGAUGAGUAUGCAUCACAAGUAACAUAUUUUUUAUUAUAAAGGAUCGAGAAUUCAUUAUUAAUAAUAAAGUAACACAUAUAAUCAAUUGUUCUGGUACAGAAGUUCAGAAUAAGUGGAUCAUGAUGAAUGUUAAAUAUCUUACAUUCAAUUGGCUUGAAUAAGAUAAUGAAGUAAAACAUACCAUUAAAAAGGUCUUAUUUGAUGAUAAAAAUGAAAAUGUAAAUAAAAUUUAUGCAUUCAUUGAAGAAUGUUUUUAAUAAGGUGAAAGUUGUUUAGUUCAUUCACUCAGAGGCUAAAGUAGAGCAUGUUGUGUAUUGGCUGCCUAUUUUAUGAAAAAGUUCGUUAAUUUAUUUAAAUUAUAAGGUAUUCAUGGACACUCUACAAAACACUUGAAUAUCUCAAUUCUCGUAGACCAGAUCUUGAAAUAAGGGCAUCCUUCUUUUAUUAACUAAAUGCAUUAGAAUCUAAAAUGAAUAAAUCUGGACCUAAGAGAACUGCAACUUGGAAUGAAUUAACAAAAGAUGAGCUGAAUCCUCAAUAAAUUUAAGAAGAAUUAAUUAUAAGAAACACUUUUCUCAAUUCAUAAAAUGGACCUGUAGAUGAUAUCUAUACCAAUUUAUAAUCAAAAUUAGUAAGAAUUUUAAAUAAAUAAUAGUAAGUAUUAGGAAAGAUUUAUAAUCAAAAAAUUAAAUGGAAAGAUUAACUAAAUAAAGAAAACAUUUAAUUAUCCACAUUAGUCUAUAGUGGAUCUCCAGAUUUUGUGUCAACUUCAGAAAUUAAGGUGAAAGAAGAUAAUGAUUGUUAAUCCAUAUUAAAAGUAAGCUAAUAAUAAUUAUUAGGGAGUAUAAAAAACUACAAUAAAUUAACCUGCAAAAUAGCCAUAAAUUUAACAUAAUUUUCCAAAAUGCCCUAAUUAAAAUAAAUACAUUUAUUAAUAAGAUAAUUAUGAGUAAAAUACUUAAAUGAGUAAUAAUUAAUCCUUUUAAAAUUUAUUAAUCCAUUGUGCAUAAAGAUAAAAGUAAAAUUCAUAAUUGGAAAAAAAGACUUCACCAAUAUCAUCAGAUUAAAUACAAAGUCCUUAAUUCAUUAAUCAACCAAGUGGAGUAAGAAGUACAUCUUUAUAAUAAAAUGAUGAAAAGAAGACUUAAAUUGAUCUUACAAAUAAUCGUCCAAGUUCUGUUAAAUAAAAGGAUGCUUCUCCAUCUAUAUUAAAUAAUUUUUAAGAAUUUAAAAAUUAAGUGUAAUAAUCAUUAAAUUAUUUUAAUAAAUAGUCUGAAACUAUAUUAAAUAUGGAUAGAAAUUUAAUCAAUGUUAUAUAAUAAUAAUAAUAAUAAUAAUAAUAAUAAUAAUAAUAAUAAUAAUAAUAAUAAUAAUAAUAAUAAUAUUAAUAACCUUUAUAAUCUAAUAUCUCAAAUUUAUCAUCUUAAUAAAAUGAUUCAAAAUUAUAAAUAUAAUAAUGUAAUUCAGGGUCAUAAUAAAAAACUAAAUUAGAUCAAUUAAUUAGUCCAACAUUCAUAUCUACAAUGAGUUCAACAAAACAUUCAGAAAUUUAAAAAACCUUAACAUAAUCAAUAUCAUAAUUAUAAUCAAGUUACUAAAAAUUUUAAUAAUUAUAAAUGAAAAAUUAAAUUAAACCAUCAUAAUCAACUACUCAAAUUCAAUAACAAAAUAACAAUAAAGUUUCAGCAGAAUUAAAUACUGCAAAUAUAGCAAAUUUAUCUAAAAUUUAAGAUAGAAGCAGUUCUCUCAUAAAAAAAGGGGAUGAUUUAGAUAGUAAAAAUAGACCAAAUAGUGCUGAUAUAAAAGAUCAAUAAAAAAACAAUAGCAUUUAAAAAAAAGAAAGUUUAUCUCCAUUUCAAAAAGAUCCAAUUAAGAAAAUGCAAUAAUAUGGACCUCCUUUACCUUAAUCAAAUUCUUAAAUCUAUCUUAGAAAUGUUUAAUGUAGAAGAUAAGCUGCAUCUACUUUAAGGAAUCAGCAGAAACCUAAUAAUUCAUUUUAAGAUAAAUAUUUAAAUCAAAGUGCUAAUUAAGUGUAGAAUAAUAAUAGUUUUAACAACAAUAGUAAUUCAAACAUAGAAAUGGAUUCAAGGAUGCAAUAAAAAGUAGUUUAAGGAUUAGUUUCUGAUGUUAAUCAUCUCAAAAAAUUAAUAUCACCUUAAUGUUUGACAAAAAGUUAAGCACAAUUUUUAAAAAAUCAACCCAUUAGGGUUUUAUAAGAAUUGACAGAAAAAACUUAUAGCAUUAAACAGAUGUAUUUAUUUAGAAUUAGUCUAAUUAGUAAAGGAAAGGAUAGUAUUUAAUCAGCCGGCAUAACCUUAGUGUAAAAACCAUCAACAGUGAAUACAAGAACAUUCUCACCAGCAAUUAAAAGUAAAUAUUAUAUAAUAUGAAAUUUCUUAAGAUGAUCAAAAAUGCAAAAGUAGUCAUGUUGGUAAUCCUUAAAACAUGAGAUAGAAGAUUAGAAAUUCUUCACCUGGUAAGAAUUUGAUUGAUUAUAGGUUUAAACAAAGAUUAAGAGAGUUCAAGUUCUUUUUCUUAUUCAAAUAUAAAUACUACUUAACCAAGUAAGAAUAGUUGGAAAAUGCUUUGA